UGAGGAGCAGCAGUUCAUUCAUAGCCGUUCAUUGCGGCGGAUCAUCGUCGGGCUAGUCUGGUUGAGGUGUUCGUUCUCAUCGAUUCGUAGUCGUCGUAGUGCUUUUUUUUUGUUUCAAUUCGACCUAAUAUCAUCUAACAACUCAACCAACUAGAAAAUAACUGUGUGGUUUUCGUCGGGAUCCGUCGACUCCAGAAGAACUGUGCGGUGACGGUGAAGCAACUACAUAAGUCAGUCGUCGUCGGUCGGUAAUUGAACUGGACUCGGACUUCGAUUAGACGAGGUGACUAUAGGUUAUUUUGUUUCGCCUUUUUUUAGCUUAAAAGAGCACCUCUAAAGCGCUGGAUAAGUGCGUGAAAAAAAUUUGCAUUCAUUCGAGGGGGUUGUUCAAGUCAUCUAAGUAGAGAAGUGUGGUGAAGAAUACAACAGAAAAAAGGGCAAAUGGCGUUUCUAUCGAUUCGAAUGGUGGCAAUGGCUGCUGUCAAAAGUGCCAGCGCUAAUGGUGCGGGCACCAGUUCCGGAUCGCGACUGCUGAAAUCUGGUUCCACACUACUGGUGGAUCAGCAUAUUGGAUCCGUGUCGCGGUUCAGUGCAUUGGCUGGUGGCCAGCAGAACAUCCGGAACCAACCCUGCCGAUCGGUGGUGGCCUUGAACGGCAACCAGAAAGUUGUUUCAAUGAUUCCCAGUCGAGGGCUGGCCGUCCAGGAGAUCACCCGGUCACUUCAACUGAUCAGCGAGGACAAACGUAGCAUCGAGAAGGAUCCCAAAACGCUGCAGCUCAAGCGCAGCUCCGACAAACCGACCGUUUUCAUCAUUUCCUGGCUGGCGGCCAAGCAAAAGCAUCUGCAGAAAUAUGCCAAAAUAUAUAUAGACCAGGGCUUCGAUGUGAUUGUGGCCCAGAUCACCCCCUGGCAGUUGCUGUGGCCCAUGAAGGGUUCUCAGUUGGUGGCAGCGGAAAUUGUGAAGUUCUUGAAGAACAACGAAUUCAAAAACGGUCUGAUCAUUCACGGUUUUUCGGUUGCCGGUUACGUCUGGGGCGAAUGUUUGGUGCACAUCGCCCGUGAUCUAAACCAAUACCAGGUGGUGUUGGAUCGCGUCAAGGGUCAGAUCUGGGACAGUGCGGCAGAUAUUACGGAAAUUUCCGUCGGAGUCCCGACGGCGCUGUUCCCCCGCAAUCCGACGCUACAAAAUGCGUUGCGGAAAUAUAUGCUUUAUCAUAUGAAAGCGUUCCACGAGCCGGCCACGUCACACUACAUCCGGUCCAGCCAAAUGUUCCACACCAAUCUGUUGAGAUGUCCGGCGCUGUUCCUGGUAUCGAAAACCGAUCCCGUCGGAACAGAACUGGCCAACGGGCGCGUUCGAGACAGCUGGGAAAGUAGUGGAGUUAAGUGUACUUUCAAAGUGUGGGACCGGUCGCCGCACGUGGGCCACUUCCAGCGGCAUCCGGAGGAGUACGUCGAAUGCGUUUUCGCCCAUCUGCGGCAGCUCGAUCUGACUGGAACGAAACAGGCACUCCGGGCCAAGCUGUAAUAAUCACUGUUUUAGUUCUGUGAUACUUAAGUGAACGAAAAAAGUGUUAUGACAAACAAGCAAAAAAUGUCGAAAUUUCGUUAUUCUGGGUGCAUCUAUUGGUUAUCAGACGAGGUAAUUAGGUAAAAUUAAUCGUUUCUUUUAUUCAUUUUUCAAAAAAAAAAAAAAAAGGUUCUAUCAAUUGUUCUGGUCAACUCAAUCCUCAUCAUAACUAACAGAUGCUCCCAUUAUGACAAUCAUGGGAAAUUUCUCUCAACAAGGCAGGACACCGUAUUGUUUUGAUUCCUUUUUCUUUUGAAUCCCCACAAUCAAUAACAUGUAGUAUCAUCCUACAAUACAACAAUAAUCUGCACUUUUCAAAGGCAGUAGGUACCAAUAUGUUUCUUUAACGCUGAUAUAUAGACUUAGUUUUUCGGAGUGGCUAAAUAAACGUUUGCAAUCCCUGAUAAGUUCAACAGUUGACCAAUUUCUCAUUUGUACAGGGUACCUGCAAUCAUUCGGUGGGGUUAAAACGAUGUAUUCAUUAAUAGUUGACUACCUACCUUUCAAUUGGAAUAAAAAUGAAGAUUAGACUAGUAAAA